UCAAACCCACAAGCAACGCUUGUGUGCAAGAGAAACAUUGAUGUCCAUAGUUAGGCGCGAAACGUGGAUUCAAUAUGAGAAGUUACAGUUACUAAACUUCAGGAGAGAGUGAGAGAGAAAACAUAAACACAAGAAAGACGCACACUUUAUCAAAGAACACCGGAGAGAUUUUGAUUUUCGAGAGGAAUCAAGAAAAUCAUGGCGCAAGCACAAGCACAUCGAGGGGAACAGAAAUUUCGAGAAACCCCACAAAAGGAAAUGAAGGAGAACAGAACAACAAUAACAAGAACAAGUAGUAGUAGUAGCAGUAGCUUCAAGUUCAAUGCACAGGCACCUGAAUUUGUCCCAAAAUCCCAUGCCUCGCCCACAACCCAGAUGCCCAUCUCGGGCUAUUUCUACCCUUGCUUCCACUAUCUUGGCGGCACCGGAUGUUCCUCUGAUUGGUUCUUUGUUGAUGACCAAGAACCUGCGACCACGUUCUUCAUUGCUAACCCUGAUGUGGAUGUCAACUCCAACUGUUCGAAUAAUGUCCUCAAUGACGAUCUUCGCUUAAAGAUUGUCAAACAGGUGGAAUACCAGUUCAGUGACAUGAGUCUUCUUGCAAAUGAAUCUAUGUCAAGGCACAUAAGUAAAGACCCUGAAGGCUUUGUGCCAUUAUCUGUUAUUGCUUCAACAAAAAAAAUGAAGUCCCUUGUUACUAGUAACCAAUUACUUGCCCAAGCACUUAGGUUCUCUUCGAAACUUGUUGUUACUGAAGAUGGCCAGAAGGUUAAGCGUAAACAUCCUUUUACUGAUAAAGACAAAGAGGAUUUGCAGGUAAUUCAUCUAAUAUUAUCUAUCUUUUGUUACAGUGGAAAUCCAAAAUUUUUAAUUCCUCGACUAUUCUCCAUGCAUAUGCAAAUUUUCUUUUCUUUUUAUAAGCAGGCUCGUACUGUUGUAGUAGAGAAUUUGCCAGAAGAUCACUCUCAUCAUAACCUGGAGAAGAUAUUUGGUGUGGUUGGGAGUGUGAAAAACAUCCGAAUUUGCCAUCCCAAAGAAUCCAUUUCUACUCGACCUAAAGGUGAUUUCUUCAUAAGCAACAAGCUGCAUGCAUUUGUGGAGUAUGAGAGUCCAGAGAUAGCUGAGAGAGCGGUUGAAAAGUUAAAUGAUGAGCGGAAUUGGAGAAAGGGACUUCGAGUAAGGGUGCUGCUUAGAUGCUCGCCGAAGUCUGUUCUUAAGGGAAGGAAGUCCGACUUUGAUGCCAUUUUGGAUGAGGAUGAACCUCCAACUUGUGAAUCUGCUGAAGAUUCCUCUCAACCACACAAUGCAGAAACAUUUACUGAGAAUAAUGGUGAAGAAAAUUUGAUGGGACCAAAGGAGGGAUGGGCACGUGGACGUGGAAAGGCCAGAGGACGCCCUCAAAGCCAUGGUAAACGAGGGCUACUUGCCCCAUCUCCACAGUCUGCCGGUGCCAUCCAUUGUGAAGCAACUACUAAACAAACUUCAAAAGGUCCAAGAAUGCCAGAUGGGACAAGGGGCUUCACCAUGGGAAGAGGCAAGCCAUUAGCUGCCCAGAUCUAAUGGCUUUUUGAAUAAUCGAGGCGUCGUCACAUUCUUUUCGAUAUUCAUACCUUAGUUGAUAAAGAAAGUGGCUCUACAUUUCAUACAAGUUUGAGAAGCAAGGAAGUGGACUGGUCUGUCUAUGUACUUCAUAUAUUACUCACUCAGUCAUUUACUGAUUCAAGAUGUAUAGUUUAUAGUAUUAUGGCUACCUACCUCUUGUGACAAAAUAUUGUAGCUAUUUGGACUCUCCUGGCA